GCGGCGGCAGGCAGCAUGAAGGCCGCCGAGGGGGCGGCGGCGGCGGGCGCCGGGCAGCACCGGGCGGGAGACGGCGGCGGAGCCGCGGUGCGAACCCCGGCCGGGAACGGCGGGCGGCGACGGAGGCGGCGGGAGGGCGGCGGCAGGCAGCGGGCGGCGGCCAACGCCCGCGAGCGGGACCGCACGCACAGCGUCAACACGGCCUUCGGCGCCCUGCGCACGCUCAUCCCCACCGAGCCGGCCGACCGCAAGCUGUCCAAGGUGGAGACGCUGCGCCUGGCCUCCAGCUACAUCUCGCACCUGGCCAACGUGCUGCGCCUGCAGAGCCCCGCCGCCCCGCAGCCCUGCCCGCAGCGCCCCAUCUGUACCUUCUGCCUCAGCGAGCAGCGCAAGCGGCACCGAGAGGCCGAGGGGCCGCUGGCGGUGUGAGCUGCAGGCCGAGGAGCUCUCGGCGGAGGGAAGCAGACUUCUGCACAGCCUUCCAACAGUUACUUCUUCGGCUCUCGUGCUUCGGUUCGCGCUGCAGCGGGUUUGUUCGGGGGCACCGUGCAAGCGUGAAACCGAAGCCUGCGGACACGCUUGCACCUGGCACAGCAGCUAUUUUCGCACGAGAAACGUUAAACCUGAGCAUCCCGGCCCCGCUGCCUUCCCCAACCUGUGUCACAUGGUGGAACUCGACCCGCCCCACGCACCGCCGGCAGGGGCUGACACGAGGCCGCCCACUCCUCCUCUGCCUGACCCCAGCAGCGGCCCUACGGAAGGUUGCUUUGGGGUGCGGGAAGCCCCCACUGCCAGCACUUCGUGUCCCAGCCCGGCAGCACGUGAUGCUUUUCCCUUCUUAACAGAGCAGCUCGCCCCAGCCCUCCAAAUAGCAGCAGGUGUCGGUAUGGCUGGCAGCAACUGUGCGGUAGAGGGGGGGUUCCCAAGGGCUCUCUAAAAUUACCCAUCAGCCAGGCCGUUCCUGUGUUGUGCCUGUACAACACUGAUGUCACCUGUCUCCCUGCCAUUUAUUAACUUACAUACUCUGUGUGCUUGCUUUUUAACAAGGCUAAAAAGGAGAUGUGCAUGGGAUGGUUUUCGUCCGUGAAUAAAGUGGCAAGCUAGACAUACAAGGCCCACUAGUGGUGGAUUGAAACUACAGCUGCUGUCUCUUACAUAGCUAUAUACACAAUCAUUGAACCCUCAGAGCUGAAAGGGACCUCUGAAGGCCAUCUAUUCCAACUACCCUGCAAUGAACAGGGACACCACGGCUAGAGCAGGUUGCCCAAGGCCUUAUAUAUUUAGUUAACUAUUUAUUAUUACUUUAUAUUCUUUAAAAGCUUUCUAACUGUACCACUCAGAAGUGCUCCACAAACAACUGCCCUUUUUGCCUCCCCAGUGCCAGCCGUUCAGUUCUCCUGCACAGCCAAAUUUGAGGGCUGAAGGAGCAGCACUCGUUACAUCACUUUUGACAUAGAAUUUUCCUCCCCCUCACUGGCGAGGCUGCACCUCCAGUACUGUGGUCAGCUUUGGGCCCCUCACUACAUGGCAGACAUUGAAGCCCUACAGCAUGUCUGGAAAAGGGCAACAGAGCUGUGAGAGGUUUGAAGCACAGACCUAUGGGGAGCAGCUGAAGGAGUUGGGAUUGUCCAGUCUGGAGAAGGAGACUCAGGGGAGAUUCAAAGCACAAUGCCAAUUCUGGCACAUAUAACAAAGAACUACUAUCAUUAGCAAGAACAUCAUCUCGGUGUAUUGCUUGUGCAGCAGUAGUUACAGUUCUUUCUCACCUCCCCAGUGCACACUAACUGCCUUAUUUUCACACUGAGAAAAGAAAACAACAUGGUACCUAGAAAACCUGCACUACAUUUCUUCCUUAAAAUCCCAGUCAAGAAAAAUACUACAGCAAAUUUCCAGUGAGCCCACACCCAACUCACUCACUGAAAGCCACAUGCUAUAUUUUCCUGGAUUGAGAAGAGCUCAAUGGCUUUAGAAGUUUUCCACCAUUACUUUGCUUUCAAAUUGCUGCCAGAUUGUGAUCUUUGUUUUGCUUUGGCAUUGAUUCUUCAAGCUGGAACUCCUUCCUGCUUAUGCAGAGUGCUUUCUCAUUUUUGGUUUUGUGUCUGUGUGUGUGCAGGUAUAGAUUUCUACAAAUGUGUCUUCCAAAUGUGACUUCCUUCUUGCAGGUUUGAAAAAGCUUAUCUGUUAAAAGCUUCCUUGCUUUAUAACUGAACCUGAUCAUAGAGCAAGUUCUACAUCCUUUAAACCAAAGCAUCGGAGCUGCUUUACAGCCAACACUAUUCAUUUGGUUGUGUAAUUCAAUGUAACACACUGAAAUGAAAGAAGUAAUGCAAUUUCAAACAAUUUCAGGUAAAUUUUGUAUUGAUUAUGCUCUGAAUUUUGCAGCGUUGUGAUGUCACUGUGGGUACAGAAGUAUCUCUUAGCCUAUUAGAAUACAUUGCAUUUGUCAUCUCUACAGCUAUUAAAAGAAGUGAGCGUAAAGAAAGCGAGGUUUGCCUUCUCACUGUAGUAUUAGCUAAGAGCUCAUAGCUUGAAACUUGCGAAUCAUUUACACAAUUCCACAGGAAUUUGACUUUCUCACUGCAAAUGAGACUUCAUCUCUGUAGUUUUACAUGAGAUUUAUACACGAUAUUUUUUCAAUAACAAAAACAGGAGCAGGCUGGUGCAACUUGGCCGUAUCUCCUGCUUAUAGCAGCUCUGUGUAGCUUUAAAUUCUUCUCUUUACUCAGGAUGAAUGGCUGAGUUCAGCUGGGCUUGAAGAUUUCAGUAUUAUGCUCAGGGUUUCAAUUACUAAAUAAUAUUGGAAUUUCAGUAAUGCUGAUUGAGUGUGGCAGAAAUUGGGCCCCAGAGCACCAUGGCCCAAAUAUUCAUGGUAUAGACAGAUAAUACUUAUCCAAAACAAUUAUGAUUGUAAUUUCUCUGAGGAGCAGACCUUAGGCCCACACAUACACAGAUUGAACACUAUGCAUUUGUACAUAAAUAAGGACAGAUCCUCACCUUUCCUGAAAUUUAUCUAUAAUUUAAAACUCCCCUGCACUCAGGAGCAGGAAGAGGUAGAGAAGUCAGCUGUUACACACAACAUAAAUCCUAUAUGCCCCUAAUAAACCCAGGGAAAGAGUUUAAUUUCUAGAGAGACAGGUGGAUUGAGUUCACCUUUAAAGAGUGUAAGCACAAGGUCACUCAUCAUCAUUAUUUUGAGUUUUUACUGUAUGAAUUCAUAUACCUUAUCAAUUCUAUUAUUUUAAUCAUUUGGUAGAGAGGCAUUGUCCCAUAUGCAUUUAUGAGACAAUUGUGAAACCUGGGAGUCUAACAGCAGGUACUUCAUCAGAUGUUCAGGCACUGGAAUGACAGGAGCCUUUCCAGACCUGCUGAGCAUCCUCUUGUUUUACCAAAGAGAUUGGGUUUUCCACCUAUUUGUAGAUACAUUCUGUUAGAACAGCAACAUGCUUUAUGCCAAUUUUGUUUUCUUGUAUACACUCAGCUAUUCAAUUUACAUGAUGCAUAAGUGAAAGUGGUGAGAUAUACACCAUUUGAUCUUAUAUCCUAUUAAGUCACUGUUAAAGUAUUCCAAGCAUAGUACUUUGUAUAAAUCAUUGUACUUAGUCUGCUGUGUUACAAUACAAGAACAGCAUCAAGCAAAAUGAAUAAAGCACAUUUGAUUGUACUGGUUAAGUUAAAAUAACCAAAUACUACAUUCAGAUAGUUAUCUAUGGAUUAAUCAUAAUGUAAGGCAGUGUGUUUUACUGUUUGCUACCGUUUUCAAUUCUGUACUUCAAAACAGAAGUUCUUUCUAAUAACUUCCUGAGAAGUCUGCUUCUUUACAAAUACCUAUUUGUGUGUGCAAAAUGUGUUUGUAUUUGCUAAAAUAAAUGUUAUUUUUGUUACUAAUUUAAACAAUGAAA